CAGGGAAGAUCGAAGAUGAUGUCAUCAGAUGCCGCAAGGGCUCCCUCACCGAUGCUGGCAUUCACCCCUCGAAUAAAGUUGCCAGGAUGCAGAACCGUCCUGACUUUGAGCUCAUGCGCAGCAGCCUUCGAGCACCUGAGGUCGUACUGCGCAUCAAUUUUCUUGAUCUCCGCCUCCAAAGUCUUGGCACACCUUGGAGAGAAGGCUCUCCAUUGGCCUCACGCCCGGCGAAGUGCGGUGUUUGCUUCAGCAGGAAUCGUCUCAGCCGUGGUCAGCGAAUCAGUGGCACAGCUGCCAAACCCCAUGGUGGACUGACUCCGCGUGGGAGCAUUGUAAUGCCCCAUCCACCACCGCACCGGCCGUCACCAAAGCUACCAUUGUGCAACUCCUGUGAGGCGCCAAGUGAGCGCAUCGAGAUCCAGCAUGGCUUUCAAGAUGGCGAUCGUAGACCGGACCCUCCAUUGACCACGCACCUUUGGUGGCUUCCGUGGCUCGGUCUUGCGACCUGGGCGCGGAUAAUCCGAGCGGUGUUGGGCUGGAAUGCCUCUUGGGAAGGACAGGGUGGAGAAGCCUCUGGUGCUGGAGGUCCAUCAUCAUACUCGUCCUCUUCCUGCUCAGCUUCAAGGGCAGCAAGACGGCCUGGCGUUUCGCUUCCAGCUUGGCAUUGACAUUGUUGACUGUCUCCUGCAUGCGUAGCAGGUCGGCUCAAGUAGAAGACACAGCUGCUGGAAAUCUUCCACCUCGGAUGGACCCAUUUAUCCCUACCAGGACUUGCUGAGAUCCCAGCGGGGCAUAGAGGAUCAUCAUGAUGCCAUGGCUGGAAAUAAAAAGGAAAUGGAAUCAACGAUGGGGCGCAUGCUGGUGGGAUGUCUUGUGGUUCAGGUCCCCUCUAUGAAAUGUUGG